AUGCAGUUUAGCGAUCAUGCCUGGGAAGAUGGCGCUCCCCAGCUGCCAUUGGCCUGGCAAGUUGGCCGCUACUUGGAGCAGUACAUGUCUCGGUACUUGUCUUCACACCCGGAUUUCAGCUUGCAUCUCAACACACGAGUCGUCCGAGCAGAGCGAGGGGAUGAAGACAGCAGUGGGUGGGAUGUGCGACUCGAGUCCGGGGGCCGGGAGCAGACACAGCAUUUCGAACAUCUGGUUGUUGCAUCAGGCUAUUUCGGCAAGCCCAUUACUCCGGAGGGGGUGUCAAUUGCACCUUCGGCGGCAAUCCCAGUCAUUCAUAGCAGCCAAUAUAGGGACUUGAAGAAUCUUUUUGGAACCCGUAGCUCUGCCAAGGGCAAGAUUCUAGUUGUUGGGGGUCAAAUGUCUGGUGUUGAGGUUGCGGGAACCAUUGCGUCGCAUUUGUCGUCUGCCACAAACUCGCCCGAUGAUUUCUCAGUGCCCGAUAUCGAUCAGUGCUCAAUUCAUCAUAUUAUCCAACGGCCAAUCUGGCCCAAAGCUGCUGCUGCGCCGUUCCUGCCUCUUGACUUCUCAUCCUAUAAUCGAAACAAUCGGCCACUUCCCUUGGUCAAUACUCAGGGUCAUGUCGAUGAAAAAACUGCACAAGUCGUGAACGGCAUCUUCCUAAACGCUUUGGGGACGGACCAGUCUGCCUUUUCGCCUCUCCUUUAUGUCGACGAUGCAACGAAGACUCAGCCACCUUACUUGGCAGUCAGCGACUGGUAUUGCGAUUUCGUGAGAUCAGGACUAAUAUCCCUGUCCAAUGGGAAGUUCGAAUCAAUCAGCGGAAACACCGCCAAACUUGAUGAUGGAACGCAAAUUGACGACGUCGUAGCGAUAGUGCUAGCAACAGGUUUUGAUCCAUCACCCUGCGUUAGCUACCUGCCCAGCAAGAUUUUGAAGACACUCAACCACUCUCCGCAGCACACGGAACAGCCACUUGCAUUGGCAUUCCAUGGAACUCACCAUCCAGAUGUUACAGGACUAGGCUUUGUUGGCUUCUAUAGAUCUCCAUACUGGGGAGUGAUGCAAAUGCAGGCCCGUUUCCUGGCACAAUACUGGUCCACGCCAAUAGAUGCACGCCCUGAAGCACUAGAGUUGAAACUGAAGUCCGACAAGUCCAUUCAAAGAACGCUUGACCUCCGAGACGACCCGCGACUCUCGCAGUUCCCGAUGGGCGACUAUCCUUUCCUCAUGCAGGAAUUCUCCGAAGCACUUUCAAUACCCAGAGUAGAUCCAUCGUUGAGUGGUAUUCCCACGCUCUCGUAUAACAGUCUUCCCUUGGACAUGCUCACUCCCGCAAGGUAUCCAUCACCGUCAGACGACGCUUCAGCAAAGGCAGACGCGGAAAAGUUGCGCCAAGACACUGUACACGUCGCUAGGGAUGGCCUGACAACACCCCGUUUUAUGCCACGUGCGGUGUUCCGAAGUCUGCUAGGCACGUGGAAGCUCGAAAGAGAACUAACAAGCAAGCUGCCAACACACCCGAGCGGUCAUUUUAGCGGCACGGCCUGGUUCCUUCUGAGAGACAAGACGUCAGAUGGCCUGCAGUGCGCGAGGCAAAGUUUAGGGUCGUCUGAUCCCGAUGAAGACGGAGGCAUGGAAUACCUAUACAUUGAAGAUGGAGAAUUCAAGACUGAGCAAGGAUUCGGCUUUAGAGCAAGCAGACGUUACAUCUGGCGAUACAAUGAGAACGAGGAAUCAUUGAGUGUCUGGUUCGCCAAACCUGGCGAUCCUAAGCGAGCAGACUACUUAUUUCACGAGAUUGAGUUCUUACAACCAGAAAAUGGUCGUGAGAAAGGGUGGUCUGCAAAGGCAGGACAUCUUUGCAUUGAUGACUAUUAUGAUGUCAAGUAUAAUUUUGCAUUUCAAGCCGUCAACUUGCAGAACUGGAGCAUAGAAUACACAGUCAAAGGACCCAAAAAGGAUUACUCGAUCAAGGGGGAAUACACUAGAUAG